AUGUCGAACAACCAGAUCGGUGUUCUUCAUGCCUUGGAUGCUGCGAAGACGCAAUGGUACCAUUUUACUGCGAUUGUGAUAGCAGGGAUGGGUUUUUUUACGGAUGCUUAUGACCUUUUUUGCAUCUCUCUUAUUACAAAACUGCUUGGUCGGAUUUAUUACCACGAUGGGAAGGUUGACAAGCCCGGAACAUUGCCGCCUAAUAUCGCGGCGGCUGUUAAUGGCGUCGCCUUUUGUGGAACUUUAGCCGGUCAGCUUUUCUUCGGGUGGCUUGGUGAUAAAUUAGGCCGAAAACGGGUUUAUGGACUUACGUUGAUGCUCAUGGUGAUAUGUUCCAUUGGUUCUGGACUUUCAUUUGGAGAGACGCCGAAUGGUGUCAUGGCAACGCUUUGUUUCUUCCGGUUCUGGCUCGGGUUUGGAAUCGGAGGCGAUUAUCCCCUGUCGGCCACGAUCAUGUCGGAAUACGCCAACAAGAAGACUCGUGGUGCGUUUAUCGCCGCGGUGUUUGCAAUGCAGGGGUUCGGAAUUUUAGCCGGUGGGAUUGUUGCUCUGAUUGUGUCAUCUGCAUUUGAUCAUGCCUACAAGGUUUCUCCGUAUAUCCUUAUCAAGCAAAAAUCAACUGUACCCCAAGCUGACUAUAUUUGGCGGAUCAUAGUGAUGUUCGGAGCAGUUCCGGCUCUUCUCACUUACUACUGGCGAAUGAAGAUGCCGGAAACAGCCCGAUACACUGCCCUCAUAGCCCGAAACAGCAAACAGGCCGCCGCGGACAUGUCAAAAGUACUAAACGUGGAACUCAAAUCCGAUGAAGAGAAGGUGGAGAAGAUAAUUACAGCACCAUCCAACUCUUUCGGUCUAUUCAGUAAGGAAUUCGCCAAACGCCAUGGAUUACACUUGCUCGGGACAACUUCCACUUGGUUCUUAUUAGACAUUGCUUUUUACAGCUCCAAUCUGUUCCAAAAAGACAUCUUCACCGCAAUCGGGUGGCUCCCAAAAGCCGAAAACAUGAGUGCGACACACGAGGUUUAUCGAGUCGCGAGGGCUCAAACGCUCAUCGCACUCUGUGGCACGGUCCCGGGGUACUGGUUUACCGUAGCUUUGAUCGAUCACAUCGGUCGGUUCACGAUCCAAUUGAUCGGAUUCUUCUUCAUGACUGUGCUCAUGUUUUCACUUGCCAUCCCAUACAAUCACUGGAAAUCCCACAAUGCCGGCUUCCUCGUCAUGUAUUCGUUAACCUUUUUCUUUGCAAACUUCGGACCGAACGCGACGACAUUCGUCGUCCCGGCUGAAAUCUUCCCCGCCAGGUUGCGAUCGACCUGCCACGGGAUAUCAGCAGCAGCCGGAAAAGCCGGGGCGAUCGUCGGUGCAUUCGGGUUCUUAUAUGCUUCACAAAGCCAAACGAAACCUGAUGCAGGAUACCAUCAUGGUAUAGGAGUUAGAAAUGCACUAAUGGUGCUCGGCGCAGUCAACUUUCUGGGCUUUCUUUUCACUUUUCUGGUGCCGGAAUCGAAGGGGAAAUCGUUGGAAGAGCUGACAGGUGAAAACGAAGAAGAUAAUGAGAACGAGCAGACAACUUCGAUUGAGAAAGUUUCUGCCGUCUGACUAUAACAAAUUCAACUAGGAUGUUUCAGAUCAAACAAACAGGAGAUGGAAUUCAAGCAGUAAAAUAAUGUGAGCUGUGUGCAUGUGAUGAUAAUCAUAUAUUACUUUAAUUGCUGGAUUAUGUGUUUUUUUAUGGUCAUGGUGUGAUUUGUGAGGGAUCAUCCCAAAUCAAAAUAAUACUAAUGUGUUAUUAUCUGUUAUUUUGCUUAAAGCUUUUCUAUUUGUACAGUCACCAUUAAGCAUGAAUAAAUUUCUUUA